AAAACACAACUAAUUAUGAAAGGGAUGUUUUUGUGAACGUUAAUGCAAAGGACUGUUAUAGAGUAAAUUUCUUUUGAUGUUGUCCUUUCUAUUUUGAGCGCGGUUUGAUAAAUAUUAACUGCGAUUCCUGCUGAUGUAUAAUAAUAAAUGUACUGCAAGUUAAUUAAAAGACACAUAGCAGGAUGUAAAACAGGUGUAGAUCUAGUCCCCAAACGCUAUUUUUCAAUUCAUCCUGUUGCUCUGUAUCAAGCCCGCGAGCAUGUUUUUACAUUCCAAUUACAGCGCGUCAUUUGCGUUGGUAAUGUUACUUAUAGGUGAUCUCCAUUUGUUAUCAUGUUAUAUCAUUCAGAAUACUUUUAAGCAUUUAAAACCCUCGAGGGACUCAUUUGAGCCUUAACUCUGACAGCACGGUAGCGACAGGCUUAAGACAAGCCAAGGUUUUACCUCUACUAACUUUUGACACUUUCCUUGUAGUCGUCCGUAGCAAAUGGCGAGUUCGAUAGGGAUAACAGCUCUUAUUGUUUGGACACUGGUGGCAUAUUCGACAGCCACCGAGCAGGACUUCUCAGAGAGUGCUCAAGUGGCAGACAUCUCGGAGGGCUUCUUUCUGAAACCCGAUGACAUAUUUAGCGAAAACACGAGUGCAAUUUUCAAAGAAUGGAAUGCAUCUUUGGCGGGCAGACAGUUGAGCAAGGAAGAACUGGCAAGGUUUACUCUUGACGAAAAGUGCGAAAAUGGGCUGCCUGUGUCGGCUACAUGGCAGUUCUAUGGACCAUAUGCGAGGCCGGUCUUGAGUGGUAAAGGUUUGGGUGUCGAAGGGAUCUUCCCAAACCUCAUCAACCAAAUGCUUCAUGUCUGUUGCAAUAACACGUACGUCAAUCAAGGAAAAAUAUUGGAAUCUAUACGUGGAAUGGAAGAGACUCUAAACGAUCCGGAGACGGCAUAUGAUCUUACUUUUCCAAUUACUGGUACCAGUUUGGACGAUGAGGCUUUUAAGGAUAUGAGUUUUAUCCCAUUCCUACAAGCUCCGAGAGUCGCGCUGUUGGUGAGGGAUAAGGAAAAGAUUGACCAGACUAAACAGCUGUUCACGACUGUUUCACUGGCGUGGCCAAUACUCGUUUUUAUCGUGGUAGCUGCAACCUUUUCAGGAAUCAUCAUCUGGUUAUUGGAUCGGCUGAAGAAUCCUGAUGAGUUUCCGCGCCCGUUUCUCAGUGGAACUUGGGAAGGAUUUUGGUGGGCUUUCGUCACCAUGACAACAGUCGGGUACGGUGACCGUGCCCCGAAAUCUCUCCUCGCGCGCGUGUUUUGCAUUGUGUGGAUUCUUGUGGGGAUCAUCAUUAUCGCAAUCUUCACCGCCAUCAUCACCGCUUCACUCUCUGCCAGCAUCCAGCAUCAUUUUUCCGUCCACGGAGCCUUAAUUGGGGCAGCUAGUGGUAGCGAAGAGUACAGACUUGGAGUCAGUCUCAACGCUGAAAUGAAACCGUUUGGUGUCAUCUCCGCAAUGAACGAUGCCCUGAUGGACCGCACCCUCAAUGGCUCCUUGAUUGAUAACUAUGUGUUGACGCACUAUAGCAAAUACUUAUCCACGAAUCCUAUCCGGAUUGAGACCACCUAUGACCAUCCGAUAACGUACGGGCUCGUCGUUCGGCAUAACUCAUCGCGGAUGGUGAAUUGCUUCAGGGGUUAUUUGAGAAACCACCCCCAAGAAGUGUUUGAAGUAAUCGCCAAAUAUCUGGAGCCCCUUAAGAACCCCACUGAUGAUGUGAGCCAGGAGGUGAAGGCAUCGGAGCAACUGUUCUUCUACCGCGAGAAGUCCUUCCGCCGAGUUCUCUAUAUACUACUGGGGGGAGUAGGCGGAUUACUCUUCCUCGGGUUUUGCUGGGAAAUAUUCUACCACAGGCCUGCAAAACGUCAUCACAUUAAAAAGAUCGAGAAAAAGAAGAGUGCUUCAUACCUUGCGUUUCCGGGGACAGGCAGUGCCGACAAGUGUGACUGCCACGAAAUGCUGCUCAACAAUCAGACAAUCCAAGCCAUCAAGACUAAGUCCGCGAAGAUCCGGGAACUCAUCCAGGAAUACGAGGCAUUUUACGAGGAGUGGCUCACUAAGGUCCGGGAGGUCGAGAGUAACGAGAACGGAUUGACUCCCCACAUGGUUUAAAGCUGCGUGACACAAUGCAUUGUCACGCAGAUGCAGAUGGCAGAUGGGUAACGCAAUUCAUGAUUUUGCAUGACAUUUUGACAGCCAAUUUUUGAAAGCGUCACGGACUUGGUAUUUUGAGGGAAAUUUUUCCCUUUAGAGAAGAUGAGGUAAACGAGAUAUUUACAUCGAUGUAACAUGGUGCGUAGCUCUGUCACGUUAGAUUGUUAACGUUGGUAAAUGGCAAGGACAUUGGAGAACACCAGACUAAAUGUAAUCGCGGGAUUUCCAAAAUUUCUAGCCGUCUAAUGAAAAAUCCAAGUUUUAUUAAUCCAGCUUACAGCUUAAAACGUGCUUUCGCCUUGUUAUCAUGGCUUCUUUACUAUUAGAACAUUAGAAGGCCCGUUGUCAUACAAAUCUCUAUAUAAAUAAGUUCCAUUACAGGCGCGUGCCAAGGGUGGUGGGGGGAGGGGUGGGUGCGCCCUUGGCCGGACCCCGACUGCCUUUCCCCCCCCCCCCCCCCUCCCCCUCAGCAAAUUAUCCUGGCUACACGCCUGUAUCUCCUAAGGGUUUGAAUGCCGUGUGAAAAGCCUUUUGCCUACAAAAAAAAAGACAGAAAUGCUAGGGACCGUCCCUUUGUCAAGUCUGGUUAUCUAAGACAACAGAUGAACCUUUGAAACCAUCUUGCUGCUGUUCUACAAAAUGAUACGGCAUUUUCCGAUGUGACAUGGCUCUUAGAGUGGUUUUCAAAAUCCCGUGCAACAAAAUGUAAAGUGUAAUAGUCCAGCUAGGAAAAAAAGAGAACAAAUACAUACAUUGUAUAUUAUUAUACAGUGUAUUAUUAAUAAAUAACUUAUAAACAAUAUUUCACGGGUUUUUGAAAACCACUAUAACACUCUUUAAUCUUUUGAAUAACACCUUUAAUAAAUUAUGUUUCCAUGUUCA